CAAGGAAAGGUAACUCACAUGUGUUCAUUCUUUCAACUGAAGAAAAAUGACAGCUACAGAGCGAAUCGUGUUAAAUGACAUGUCUGCACCCCUCGAAGGACAUUUGGAUGCAGUACCUUUGCUGUAUCUGUGCUGUAGAAAGUGUGCAGGUCUGUUCACAUCGGAAGAAACAUUUUCUGUUCAUGCACCCUGCUGUGUUGGUGACCCUUACCUAUGUAACACAGAAUAUUUUGCCUGUCACAGAGAGAAGUUCUUCUCUUUCUAUCUUGAUCUUUGGAAAACACUUAAGCAAAACUCUGAUUACCUCCACAAAGACAAUGCAAAUAAUAAUGAAGAAACUUGUUGCUCCUCAGAGAACAGAGAAUUAGUACAGAGUUCGUCAUACGACAGACUUACAGUUUCUCGUAUUCCUGCAACAAAAUCGGUUCCAGUAUCUUUGAAUAGAGGAACACAGAAUAAUGAAUUAGAAAUUUCAAAAUGUAUAAAUAAAACUAUGAUUGUAGCUGGAAGAGACAAAAGUAAUUUUCACAAUGAUGUAGCCCUAAGGACCCUUGAUGCAGUGCCUUUACAUUCUACAGUGGCAAAAAAUGAAAGGGAAGAUACUGUUAAUAAUAACAGUGAAAUGUUCUCUCAAACUAAGAAACAUUCCUGCUCCACUGGCAGUUGUCAAAUAUGUUCCAACACUGUAGUUGCUGCAUCUCAGAAUGAAGAGGCAUCAUUUUAUGAAGACGCUGUUGAAACAAUGAACUGCAACAACAACAAGAAUAACCAUUUGGAAAUUAGUGUUAAAAACACUCCAUUGCCAGUAGGUGAUGAUACAGAUAUCUCCAAUAACAACAACUGCCCGUCUGAAGUCAGUGAUGAAAACUUCUUACAAGAUGAGGAAAUAAUCUAUACCAUGCAGCAUGAUAAUAGAUCAAAGCAAGGCAAAUUCCACCAGGGACAUGAGGAGGCAAGUCCUAGAGAAAUGGCUGAACAGUGCUCCAAGCUGUCUGUUGAUGGUUGUGACGUGUACAGCUGCAAUCUCUGUGGAUACAAGACGAAGCACGCUGGCUUCAUGCACCGACAUCUGAGUGCUCACAACAGUGGCGAGGUCUUCAGGUGUGACUUCUGUGAGUUCUUCUGCUACUUGAAGUCACGUCUGCUCAUCCACAUGCAGUGUCACAGGGAGGAGAUGCUGGUCUGUGACGUCUGCUCUGCGACCUUCAGACACAGGUCAACAAUGAAAAGACAUAUUGACAUCAAACACAAAGGUGAAUCGCGGCACAUCUGCAACACCUGUGGUUAUCUGGCUACCUCUAAUUCUGGUCUCAUGGAUCACAUCAGAACACAUACAGGUCAUCUUCUACAGUGUGACGUUGAUGGAUGCUCCUUCCAAACUGCCUACAAACGAUCACUGGUUCUUCACCGCGAGAAACACCAAGGCAUCCAGCGAUACGUCUGUGAUGUGUGUGGCUAUCGUACCUCCGAGUCAGGCAGCCUACAGAAGCAUCUGAGCAUCCACAAGGGCAAGAAGCUAUUCAAAUGUCCUCACUGUUCCUACCGAGCUGUGGCACAUCACGAUGUUGUGAAACAUGCCAGAGCUAAACAUCUGCGGCAGAAGAAAUAUUGCUGCAACAAGUGUAACUUUUCCACAGGUUACCCGAGUUCCCUGACAAACCACCUGAUGGCUCAUGCUGGAAUAAAACCGUAUAAGUGCAGCUUGUGCUCAUACCAAAGCAACAUGGCAGCCAAGGUGACGAGACACAUGCAUCAGAGACAUCCAGCGGAACAGUGCGAGGUUAUAAAGUUGAAUAUUCCAUUUGAAUACAAUGUAAAAGAUUUUGUGACAAAGACAAACUCGUCCAGUUUUGAGGUUCAGGUCAUCAAAUUGAGUGAAGAGGACAUUGUUGAGAAGGAGGAGGAAAAGAGUCCACAUCCUGAUCCCAUUGCUGAUCCUGAUUCUAAUCCAAUUCCUAACCCAAAUCCAGAGGGAGACUAUCUUCACAAUACAAGUUACCAGAUGUCAUCAUUCAAGCCAUGUUCAGAAGAGGAAAUUUCUAUUUCAGUCCACGAAAACGAUUCCAACAAUUUACUAGAUGAAGGUGAUGCUGAUGGCAAUAUUUUUAACCACAGUGAUUCUGCAGUGUUUGGGUCUUCUGCUUACAAACUUCUGAGUCAGUCCACGGAUGAUAUUAGGUCUGACUGUAUGCAGAGGUGGGAGCUGAAGCCGUACUACAGACAUGGAGUGUACCGCAGGUCAUCUAGCGUCUGCAGUGAACCCAUGCUGAGCAGCUACCGGGCAUUGUCUGAUGCAGAUCCCGACUCUUGUAGCAUGGAUGCCACUGAUGAGGAUGUCAAAGAUGCCGUAGAGACAGGCCAUUUAAUUGGAGAAUCUGAUGAAGUUAUGCAUGAGACAAGACAUCUAAUUUGUGUAUCGCAUGAGCAUGAGACAGACCACCUGAUUGGAGGAUCGACAGUUCUGACAACUUACCAAUGCAAUUCCUGUCUUCAGCUUUUAACAACAGACACUUCUGUUACUCAACACCAGCUGAUAUGUACUGGAACAUAAAUAUAUUACAAACUAUUGCUUGGUUCAUAGCGUAUAAAUGAAUUUAAGAAUAAUAUUCACUGAUCCUUUAAUUCUGUAAAGUAAUUUAUUUCCAAAUGUAAUUUUGAUAUUUACAGAUCUUCGGUUUUCAUGAAAAUUAUAAUUUUCGGUUGUAUGUUGGCAAAGCCAUGGAACUAAAGGUCUGUUACUUAACCGUAAUCAUGUAACAUAAUCCAUAGCUACCAUGCUUACCAAAAAGCAUUCAGAUGAGUUCUGAUGAUCAUAAGGCAAGGAAAUAUAAGUCCUGUGAGCUGUAAUUAUUACACUGAAAUUGUUUGAUAAAUGUAGAGACGGGGUUUAUAUUUUGCAAUGCUUAUCUUCACACUACCUCAAAGCUGCUCCUGUCCUUUUAUGAAAACCUCAUUAUUGGUUUGUGUGUAUACUCUGUAUGUGGAAGGUAUACUCUAUAAAGUUUAAAACGAAAAUUAAUAAAUAGGUGUUGCUGUGAAA